UUGCCCUGUUAUUACUCUACCUAAAAACAAACCAACACCCACCGACAAUCACAUAUAAACCUCAGCAGCCAACCGUAUCAUCGUUCAGCAUUCAUUUCAUUUUGAAAAAUAAUCAAUAAAAUCACCAUCACGUGUCGAGCGUCCGUCCCCCUUCGUACCAAGUAUUUAUUGCUUCUUCGCGAUUCUGUUUCUGUUCUCACUCUCCUCCAACCAUCCAUCCCUUGGAUCGAUUUUUAUUUGUAUUUUCUGUUGGGUUUUUGUUUUCGCCAUAGCUGGUUAAUGGAAUUGGAACCAAAGCAAGGCAAAUCAAUGAGAUCCCCUACUCCUACUGAUCAUCACCACACAUCCAAACUCCGGAGAAGAAGAAGAAGGAAUAUAUGUCUGGCCGUGAUUGCUGUUAUAUUGUUGGUGGUUCUCAUCUUUGUGAUUUUGGGGCUUACCGUCUUUAAGGCAAAACGUCCCCUUACCACCGUUAAUUCUGUUUCUGUCAGGGACUUGGAUUUCUCUAUAGACAUUGCCAGGGUUAGAGUGUUGUUGAACGUCACUGUCGACGUCAACCUCUCCAUUAAAAACCCUAACAAAGUUGGUUUCAAAUACACCAAUAGUUCCGCGUUGCUCAAGUACAGAGGCGAAGUCGUCGGAGAAGCUCCGAUACCGGCAGGGAAGAUAUCGGCCGAUGAAACGCGUCAGAUGAAUCUGACCCUCACCCUAAUGGCGGAUCGGCUUCUUUCCAAUCCCAAUGUCUAUUCGGAGGUGAUCGCCGGUACGUUGCCCCUACAAACAUACACACGAAUUUCAGGCAAAGUUCAAAUAUUGUUCAAAAUUCAUGUGGUCUCUUACACCACAUGCGAUCUUACUGUCGAUAUCAGGAGUAGAAGUGUUGGCAACCAAACCUGUCAUUACAAGACCAAAUUAUAGAGAUCCGUUCUGUUGGUAUAUGCAAAAUCAAAACUUUAGAUGGUAAUAAUUCGAGUCACAUUAGGACUAUUGGCGUGACUUUUGUUUUGUUCUUUUAUAUACUAGGUUGGUUUGGGUUGUCUUUUUUUUUUUUUUUUUUUAACUUUUUC